AUGUCUAGUUCUUCUGUUCUUUUGCCAUUUAAGGGUAUUUUUGUCCUGGGGCUACCCUACGCACUGCUUCAGAGUGGCUUGCCGGGCUUGAUCCUCCUUGUCCUGGCUGCCAUCAUUUGCAGCUACACUGGUAAGAUUCUGGUUGCCUGCCUUUAUGAGGAGGACGAAGUGGGACAUCCUAUUCGGGUGAGGAGCACCUACGAAGACAUCGCCAAUGCCUGCUGCGUCCACUUCUGUCCCCGUCUGGGCGGAGCAGUCGUCAACACAGCCCAAGGGGUCGAGCUGAUGAUGACCUGUAUCCUCUACCUAGUGGUCAGUUGUAACCUCGCAGGCCAUAGCUUCCCAUACCUCCCUCUGCCCCCGGUUGCAUGGUCCAUCAUCACCUUUCUCACCCUCAUGCCUUGCAUGUUGAUUCGGGACCUGCACGUGGUCUCCAGGCUCAGUCUGCUCUGCUCCCUGGCCCAGUUCCUCAUCACGUUCAUCAUCAUCGGCUACUGCCUGCUGGAGGCUCCCCACUGGUCCUGGACAUGGAUGGCUGUCUCUGUAGACUUUGAGAAGUUCCUUGUGUCCAUUGGGGUCAUCAUCUUCAGCUACACCUCUCAGAUCUUCCUACCUACCUUAGAGGGGAACAUGGAGGACAGGAGUGAAUUCUCCAGCAUGAUUACCUGGACUCACGUCAUCGCCUGCGUCUUCAAAACCACCUUCUCUGUCCUUGCCUUUCUCACUUGGGGCAAGGAGACAAAGGAGGUGAUAACAGACAACCUUCCUGCCACUCUGCGCACUGUGGUCAACCUCUGUUUGCUAGCCAAGGCGCUGCUCUCCUACCCCCUGCCCUUCUACGCAGCCACUGAGGUCCUACAGACGUACAUUACAAACCGGCGUGCAGGCCAGGCCAGUGGGGUCGGAACAAAGUUGCUGCUUCGGGGUAGCCUCCUUCUGCUGACCUUCCUGAUGGCCACUUUCAUGCCCCACUUCUCGCUACUCAUGGGACUGACGGGCAGUGUCACUGGGGCAGCUAUGAGUUUCCUGCUUCCAGCCCUCUUCCAUCUGCAGCUCAAAUGGACUAAACUCAACCGCAAGCUUAAGAUCUUUGACCUCCUCAUCUUAGUCCUGGGCUCACUCUGUAGUUUAUCUGGGCUCGUGUGCUCUGUCAAAGGAAUGAUCGAAUCUUUCGGGAACAAAUAA